AUGGAUGAAGAUGAUGAACUUUUACCAAGUGCAGCAAACCCGAUCAUGAUACAUGCCUAUGCACUCAAACACCGUUUUUACCCGUACUACCAAGUCAUGCGAAACACCUCCAAGAUGCAUGGUAUCAAAGAAAAAGUCCUUAAAGACGAUACCGAGUUUGAGUGGGACAACGUUAUUAUCACUUUCUCGUGGAUCAUUGUUCAGCAGGGCCUUUGCAAAUGUUAA